CAGGUAAAGCGAUUUUGCUACAAUUGCCUCGGAAGCCAAAACACGAAUUGUUAUCGAUUGGCCGAUAUUGUUUAUCCACUUUAUGUACAUUCUUUAUAACGAGUAAAAUAUGUAUAAAAGUAGACACUACUGCCUCACAUAAAAUAUGGAAAGUAUCUUUAGACAACAGAAAGAAAAUUGAAGGAUAUUGAAGAAAAGAAGGAAACAAAAUGUUGUCGACGCCAAAAGCGAAAGGUGGUUUGUUUUUGGCUUCAUCCCUCUGCGAUGGGCUUGAGGAUAAUAACAUAAGACAAGUGGCAACCCUUUUGUUAAAUAAGGAUGCAGAUCCUAAUGUUUUAAUUCCGACGCAUGGAGUCACUCCGUUUCACUUAGUUAUCGGCAAUGAUUCAGUGGGAUUUGCUGAAGAAGUUACUAAGCUAUUCCUACGUCAUGGUGGUGAUCCCAAUGUGAGGUCAAAUGAUGGUAUGACUCCGGUCCAUGUAGCAGCAGCUUGGGGUAGAUUAAAUAUAUUAGAGUUACUUUUGGCAAAUGGUGGUGAUCCACUGUGUUUGGACAGUGAUGGACGUAGUCCAUUUCACUAUGCCUUUGAUGGGAAGUAUUUUAAAGCUGUGACGAUGCUUGCAAAAUAUUGCGAGAAUACUCAAGAUGAUAACGAUGAGCCAAAGUAUAAUAUGAUGCUUGAUAAAGUUUUACUUACUAAUGGAGACAUAAUUGCUGAAUAUGUUGCAUCACAUAAUGUGGUAUUAGACUUAAACACAAAUAAUGCACCAAAGAAUAAUACAGGUUUUUACAGUUGUAAACCAAACUCUUCUUUGACAAACUUAACAUUGAACAAUACAUCAAAAAUGAAUGUUAGCAAACUUGAGACAGAGUCAGUGAGCAAUACAGAUAUGGAGGAAUAUGAAGAAGAUACAAAUAUAAAAUCUGCAGAUUUAUCUAAUAAUGAAAUAUUUGUUGAAGGGAGUAAUUUUUCACAGACUGAUAGUAAGGACAUGCUAAACUAUUCGUUUGUUGAUCUCGAUUUCGACUUUGCAAGCUUGCAUCUUUCCGAUGUCAUGCAAAAGGAAAAAUGUCUCGUCAGUAAGAUCAUUAGUCACCUUUCGACGACAUUAACGAGCGAUUGUACUAUUAAUGAGACUCUGCAAAAUUAUAAGAAAAAUAAACAUGAGAGCGUAACGAACUCUUCGGAUAUGUUCAGUUCGCCCCCAUUAAAAGAGAAGAUCAAAGCGUUUCGUGAAUAUCGCAAAACUCCGAAGAACUUCUCGUCCAAGCUCAAGCAUAAUCGCAAUAAGGACAUUUUGAAACCGAGCACUCCCACUGUAAAAAAGCAGUGCUCAAAGUUCAGCACAGGAAGCACUUCCAGAAAGAAAUAUAAGAAGACUUCGGAUAAGAUUCUCUUAACACCACCGUAUAUCUUGGAUAAUUCCAUUAUCAGUAUGUCGCCGAAUUUUAACACACCUAAUUAUAGAAAAAGGAUAAAUGCUACCAAGACUCCAUUAAUACUCUCUCAUGUUCAUAACGAUGAUAUCGUCAGUAGAUCACCUAAUUUUCUAACACCGGCUCGUGCAGGCGAAAAGAGAAACAUAGAUAAAACGUCACUCGUUAGCGGCUGCCUAUCCCCGAAAAUGUUAAAAAAAUCCCACGAGUACAAAACUCAAACGCAACACUCAGAGUUUAAUCGGUGCAAAAGAUACAUCGCUCAGUCAACGCCGAGGAGAAAGAAGAGAUCAAUAUACAAGCUGCACUCCAGUAGGAAACGACCCGAUUGUUAUCGGCAAGAGGACGACGUUACUGCCGAUGAGUGUAUGAUUCGUAACACUUUAAAGCCGAUCAAUUUGGGCAAGACUAUUUUCUUAGAAGAGGCUGAACAUGCAAUUCACCAUGAUAUUCUAAACUCUAAUUCUAAUUUUGGAUCUUUGCUGUUAAACUCUAAUGAAACUGUGGAAUUAGGACGUCAGAACUAUAUGGCAAUAAGGUUGAACGAUAACAAGUAUGACGAAGAUGAUACAGCACAUUAUAAUAGUGACUCGAGCCAGAUGGAUUUAGAUAACAGUUUUAAUCAAAUGGGAAAAAAGGACGAAUCUUUCGACAGUUCCGAUAAUGACAAAAAUGACUGUAUGAAACACAAAAACCAUCAACUGAAUGCCCCAUUUGUGACGAUUCGGAAAAAUAGUUUUAAAAUUGGAAAGGCAACCGGCAAUCCGACAAAUUCGGCCAUCAAUAACAUCGGAUCCACGUACACAAUCAGCUCGUUAUAUGGAGAAAAUUAUGUGGACUGCGUUGAUUGUGAUACAAAGAAAUUAUUAAAUGAGGAUAUACAUAUGAACAUAAGUAAGACCUGUAAUUUACACGCAAAGAGCUGGUGCAGCAAUAGACUUCACGAACCUUUCCCACAUAAAUCGGAGCCGGAAAACGAUUCGCACAUUUCCAUCGUGAAUUUACCCGCAAAAUGUGAAAUCUACUUGCCAAAUUGUCCAAGAUUGUACUCUUUGAAACUAAACAUCGAUUCCAAAGGAGCAGAGGACACACUGGAAACGGGAAACUCGAGUAUACAUAAAAUCGAAAGAAGCUCGUCUCUGCUUUCAUAUAUUACCACUCAAGAGUAUAAAUAUGAAGAUCUCGAAGAAGGCGUAGUUUUACUGGAACGGAGACUUUGCGUUUCAUCAUUUGCUACUCUUAGUGGAAGUGAAUGCAAUAUUAAAAACGGAAUGUCUGGUGCUUCAAGUAUGUCGACCAUUCAGAGCUUACCGAAGGAACUGUUAAUUGAUGAUAUUGCACUCAGAAGAGAACUUGCUCAGCUUGGCGACUCGCCCGGACCAAUCACCGACACCACCAGAAACGUUUACAAGAAACGCCUUAUGCAUUUAAGGAGCAUUAACGCUCUGCCGAGGCUGUCAGUGCCACGGAACAUUUCGAGGAAUUAUGCAGAACAAUAUCAUCGAGUUAUCAAGUCUCAUUUAGAGUUUGGCGACUGGGUGAAUCAUCUCGAUACUUAUAGGAGUCUGGAGAGACAGGUGUUUCAAGAGUUCGUAUCGCCGAAUCCAUCUCGACGGUGGCGCGAGGGCAGGUCGCAGACGUCUUUCAAUUAUCUGCUAUUGGAUCCGCGUGUGACACAAGAUUUGCAACAUCGCAAAAUUUAUCUCACGGAAGCCGAGGUGUGGUCGAUUUUUCUCAAUGCUAUAUUCUACAUCGGAAAAGGAAAGCGUUCCCGGCCAUUCGCACAUCUCUACGACGCCUUCAAAAUAUGGGUGUCGAAGACGUCCCUUAGCGUGAAUAGGAAGAUCAACUGCAUUCUCGAUAUAUGGAACAAUGAUCACGGCGUGAUCUGUCUGCAUGUCUUUCAGAAUGUCAUUCCGGUAGAAGCGUACACGAGAGAGGCCGCGAUGAUAGACGCGAUCGGAACGGAAUGCCUGGGAAAUUGCAAGGGCGGUGAGUACUAUGGCAUCGCUGCGACGUGGAGUCUGCAGCAAAAGCAAAAAUUCGGCAGAUACUUAUUAUACAGAGCCUUGCAGAUUUUGUUGCAUGAGGGAGAACGUCAGCUUUUUCCUCAGAACUUGUAGUAAUCGAUUGUCAAUAUCAAUUAGGCAGAGAGCAUUUUUCAUUGUGUAGGUAUAAAUGCGUUUGUGAUGUAAUAAGGUUGUAUUAAUGCAGGCAGUUAAAAUUUGCAGAUUAUAUUGUCUUGUACCUGUCAAUGAAUUAGACUCUCGCGACGUAAUGAUGAUCCUAUGUAUGUAUAAAUAACAGAAGCAAAUCUGUACAAAAUAUACUUUUAAAUUGAACAUUGCUUUAAGAUGAACAGGACAGAUCAAGAUGUUACAUCAUGUACAUAUGAUACAUAAGACUGUAAAUAUAAUGAACUUGUUUAUUUGGAACUUCAUAUUUAUAAAUUAGGCUAUAUGAUCUCAUUGAAUUGUAAAGGAAAAAUCAACAAACUAUACACAUAAGAUAAAUCGUUUAUAUAUACAGAUGUAAUUAUCGUUAUCUUUAGACAACAUUUGUCAAUACAAAAAGAUGAACAUAUAUAUAUGAGAAGCAUACUAAAUAAAGAACUUUGGUUCUUCAA